AUGGAUUAUGACAAUAUUGUUAUAAUACUUGGUAAUGGUGAUGGAACUUUCAAAGAACCUAUGACAUUCUCAAUCGACAACGAUAAUAAUUCUAUGGGUCCUAUGGUGGUAAAUGAUUUUAAUAGUGAUGGUCUGAUGGACAUUGUUGUUGCUAAAAACGAUGCAGACAAUUUAUAUGUGCUACUUGGCAAUGGGGAUGGCACUUUCAAAAUACAAAUAACUUAUUCGACUGGACAUUUGAAUGUUCCAACUUGGAUCGCUGACGGCGAUUUCAAUACUGAUGGCUUAUUGGAUAUUGUUAUGGUUCGCCGUGAUCUUGACAGCAUAGAUAUAUUAUUUGGCAACGGCGAUGGGACGUUGCAAGUACCAAGAACACUUUCUACUGGUGAUAUGACUGAACCAAUAUCGAUUGCAAUCGGUGAUUUCGAUAAUGAUAAACGACUGGAUAUAACUUUUGGUAUGCCUAUGGGUAAAGGUGUUGGUGUGAUGCUUGGUAAUGGAGAUGGUACUUUCAAACAACCAUCAAUGUUUGUUAUUGAAGCUGGUAUCGAUAAUAAAGAAAGUGUAUUUUUUUUUCUAUUGCCUGGUUUUGAACAAUGA